AUCACACUCUCACAAGAUAAAUAAUAUACAGAACACCGUGUGUCUCUGUUCAUCUAAUUCAAAAUAAAAGAACGAGUGUAAUCAGUUUGUAGUGGGCAGUUGAGUCACAGAGUUGGAUUGUGCUGUAGCCUUGCGUUUUAUUAUGUGUGGCUCCCCACGUUGAUACACUAGCCUCCACUGAUCUCUAUAUUAACUGGAUGGGCGAUUGCUGUAGAAAAGUGGCUUCCGGUGUGAAAAUAAUUGAAACCCUCUACGCCACGCUUUAGAUGCCGGUGUAACAGCGUAGAGCGACUUUGAUUGUGUGAGUUGCCGUGUGAGUGUUCUUUUGAUAUAGUGUGUGUGUGUUUCCAAUGUUUUGACAUCUCAAGUGCUUUAAUAAUUUUAAUUUAACUUUUGUGAUAUAAAACACAGACAAGGUGUUAAUUUGUUUAUAUUGUGGAAAAAAAGAAGCAAAGGGUGUUUCUUUUCACAUGAAAGCACAUAUUUAAACAAGAUUGACCCAUAUACGAAGUGUUUUAAGAAUUAUAACGACUUUUCGCAAUGUCCACGAUUACCAAGAGGGUGAUCAACCGUUGUAAGAGAGCCAUGGAGAUGGAAGUCGAGGACAUAGAGGUCCGAAUAAAAAUGGACGAUAUCUUCUUCACGGUAAUCUUUGCCGAGGGAGAGACGAUCAGCUUAAGCAAGAAUUCCCUCAAAAACGAUUGGGACGAUUUAGUCAAAAAAAUUAAGGAGCCGAGAAACUGUCAAGACCACGACGUCCAAGACAUGGAGGAAAUUGAUUCAAGCGAUCACAAUCAUGAUGUUUCUCACACAAAUGACAAGCAACCUUUGUCGGAGACCCAGGUCAUGUCACAAAUCAAUAACCUUAUUGGUGACAUCGAUCAAAUUUCAGAAGAUUAAUUAGAACGAUAGGUUUACGACUGUAUUUUUCUUAACGAAUUGUUUAACGAUAUAUAAUGACGGUAUGAGUGUGUUGUCGACAACAAAUUUUUAAAAUGACAGUUUUUAUUUAUUAGAUUUUUUUCUGGGUGGUGUGUCACCUUCUAUUUCGAUUCUAUUUCGAUUGAUUCGAAACAAUCUGAUUUAAUUUCCAACGACAGUCCCAAUGUUAAAAAUAAUAACGGUACUAACACAUUAACUAAUAAAGACAUUAAUGAACCUUUAA